GAUGGUGAGGUGGUACAGGGAACAUCAUCAUCAUCACAACCACAUACUGUAGGUCGCUGUUCUCUAAAGUGGGAAUUAGUGUGGUGGUCACAGAGACAAUCAAUGAUGACCCUUGUAAUGGGGCCACCAUGGCUGCUGCCAGCGAUUCCAUGGUACAAGAGAGAGGGACAGCAGGAACUACAGCCAAAAAUCACAGCGGGAUGUUUUAGUCACAUCACUGGACAAUGGUGAACAGAGAGAGAGAGAGAGAGAGAGAGAGAGAGAGAGAGGGCAGAGUGUUAGCAGUGGGACAGCCUGCGAUGCAGAAGAGCCCCUAACAGAGCCCCAGUCACAGACGCUGCCCCCUAGGACUGGGACAGAGCUGUUACAGCUAGAGCUGCUCUGGUCCCCCCAGAGACCUCCAGAGCAACAGAGACAAACUUCUCAUCUCGAACCAAAGCCUGGACCAAGCACACAGUGUGACCCAGAGACAGAUCUUCACAUAGAGCAAGCACCAGUUUCUGCAUAACAAGAACAGGAAGUGACAUCUUCAAUGGAGAGGACGCCACAGGAGACAAAGCUGGAGACUGGGGUGUCCACUGGUCAACCUGCAAAAGGGGCAGGACCUAACACAUUCACCAAGCCAAGAGAGAACCAUGAGGAACCUGAGGAAGAGUGUGAGGAGGAGGAAGAGGGGUCAAAUGGAGGUGGGCGCCAGAGUGGUGGGCGGCAGUCCCCUGGCGAGAAGCCUGGCAGCAAAAAUGCUUCAAAGUACAGCACCGUAUCCUAUAGGAAGAUACGAAAAGGGAACACCAAACAGAGGAUUGAUGAGUUUGAGUCCAUGUGUAUUCCAUGAGACCAUCCUGAACAGUCAGACCAACAACAGAGAUUUGGACUAACAGUGAGCUAACUGCAAAAUUGACUUGGAUGAUAAUUAUUCUGUGACUUGUAGAUUCACUCUACACACAUAGAACAGACCUUGAGACAAGAAGGUCUACAUUUAGAAAAAUAUACUUUACACUGAGUGUACAAAACAUGAAGAACACUUCCUAAUAUUGCGUUGCAGAACAGCCUCAAUU